CACUUAAAAUACCCAGGAAGUGUGAGUGUCCAUGUUUGCUCAUGUGUUUCCUGCGAAAAUAAACAAAAUCGAUCGGGAUAUUUAUUUGAUAAACCAGUACAGGACUCAUCUUCCAGAAAAGACACAACAAACGAUGAUAAAUGGACCUCUUGCCUACCAUGUCCUGACACUGGAUUUUUACAACCUCGUCGAUCAUUUCUGCAUCAAUUUGAAUAUAAAUACAAUGAGUUUCUUCCAUUUAGGAUUUCUUCUACAUUAUGUUGGUUUCAUCGGAGACUGAGAACGUUUGACGUCCAUCACAUCAGGUUUGAUUUUCAAAUUGUCGAUAAAGAUGUCCAAACUUGAGCGUCUGAACUUCCGCGUGGAGAAGCUGCUGUCUAAAGCUGUGCAGGAGGUUCUGAAGGUGGUAAAUGAGACUGUGUCAGAGUACCAGGAGAAAACUGCCAGAACACAGAGAGAGAACCAGAGUCUGAAGAGGAGACUGCAGGAGCUGCAGGAGAGCACACGACUGGAAAGCAAUGGAAUUGCGGCACAAACGUCCCUUGCAGCCCCGCAGCCUGAUGCUGAGAUUAGUCUCAUGGAACAGGGACAAAACGAAGAUCAGGAAGAGGUGAUUAAACUCAUCUCCUUUGACAAGGACAGUGCAGCAAUGUGUCCCUCAUAUUCAUUCAAAGACUUUGACUCUGAAGCAUCCACAAAAUCAUUACCCAACUCCUGUCUCUCCCCUUGUGCUAUAACCAGCUCACAUUUUAAAGGUGAUGACUUGUCUGAACCAAAAACUCUAAAAACGGAGAUCAAAGAUGGACUUUCAGCAUCAAUUUCAAACCAUAUGGUCUGUACCACUGCGGUUAUAAACUCUGAAAAAGAUCAUACAAUAAAAGAAGAGGCUACAUUGGAAGAAUGCACCGUGGACAACAAAAGUGAUUCAUAUGCUGAGGAUGCAAGAACGGCAACAUCCUUAUACGCGCUACAAGCCAAUUCAGGACUCUCUAAUGACACAAGGCUUGUCUUUAGUCUGAACCAAAAUGGAAUAGACGAGCCACUAACUCAAGGAUACAAAGACAUGGACAGUGAAACAGCAGAAAAACAAUACGCCGCCCAGAAGAACACAAAAGCUGAAGGUCCAGGCUUAAGAAUUUUCCAAAGAAAUGUGAGAAAACACUACAGCUGUGUGCUGUGUGGCCGCACCUUCAGGCAUGCUGGCGACUAUAAGAAACACAGUCGGGUGCACACUGGGGAGAAGCCGUACUGCUGUUCAGUGUGCGGGAAGAGAUUCAGUCAGUCAGGCUACCUGAAAGUUCACCUGCGCUACCACACAGGGGAGAAACCAUUCAAGUGCAGCCACUGUGGUAAAAGCUUCAGUCACUCGAGUAACAUGAAGAAACACCAGCAGACUCAUCUGUGAGCCUUCCAUGUGUACAGUUGUUGUUUUUUAUUGAUUCAUAGCUAUGUUAUAGACACAGCGCUGCCUGUUCUCAUGCAGAUAGAAAUAACCCAGACAGUUUCAUGUCAAAUAAGUCGUACCUUUAGCUUUUAAGUAUCAAGCACAGUCUAGUAUUUCAAACAUUCCUGCUGUGCUGCCAUUGUCUGAUCUUGACUUUCUUUGCGCAUACUUUUUUUGUGUCCUUUUUCUUUUUUUUUUGGUUAAGGUUCCACAUUCAUUUUCAAACCAAAUGAAUCUUUUUGGUGCUUCUUUAUUGUCAAGUUUUCUCUAUCAACAAGUUUCCUUUACAAUGAUUCGACAUAAUCUAAAUCCUUAAAAACGACACCAGACGUUGCUGACUUCAAAACACUUUAGAGCGUCGAGUAACUUGAAGAGUUCAGUAUGAUCAGUGUGUGUAAAAGUAUUGAAAUGAUUGUCUUAUUGUGAUCAGUCUAAAGGUGUGUUUUUCAGUAAUAAAUAAUAAGGCAUGCCACGUGAAAGUACAUAGUAAAUCCAGCCUUUAGAGAUAUCAGCAUAAGUAGAGAAGAAAACUAUCAAUAGCUGAUCUCUGACACUUAACGAGGCUGUGAAUGUAUGUAGAAAAAUAGCUACAAAAAAUAUAGGUCCAUGGAAAAAGUGUAAGCGUUUAAAGAUGCCCAAGUUUGACAUGACGUGCUCUCACGAGGCCAGAUGAGUCUGUUAUGCUUGAAGCAAAUGAAUCAAGUUGCAGCGUAAGAAUGAGAGACAUAGUUAAAGCCCUAAAAAAAAAAAAAAAUAGUUUUAUUUUCAAAGCAGCUCCUUGUGGCUAAUAUUGACACAAAGAACUACAUUAUAAAAUGAAAGAAGCCUUAUUACACCAUUUGUGGACAGGACACAGUCAAUGAUCUAUUGUUAGAAGACAUUUACAGAACAUGAUGUCAUCCAAUAUGUCAACAGCACAAACUCCAAACCAAAAUUGGGAUUCAAUACUUUAUUAUAUGUAACACAUAAUGCAAUAGGAGUAUCUGUGCAUCUGUCUUUUCUGUUUUAGAGUCAUAUGUACUGAACUGGAUUACUCAGCAUUAAAUGUUUUACUGUUA